GCCCAAUUGUAAGGGUGGGACUGCGAGGUAGCGAAAGGCCACGACGGUCGACGCACGAGGUCUUCCGUCUUCGCGAAUUUAUUAGUACGGAGAAAAUUCGGCCGGGGGUUUUAGGGUUUUGUGUUCUUCAACGUUCAGACUUCAGACCUCAGUCGUUUGCUCUUUGCUUCUUCUCGCUGAACUAUACCCGAAAGGAAAACAAGUAAACCCGCAAGAUGACUGCUGAGACGCAGGAGCAACUGCUGGCCGCCCAGCUCGAGGCUCAAAAGCUUCAAGAUCCUGAACAACCCGUAGUUGAGGAUGAUGAAGAUGAUGAUGAGGAUGAUGAUGAUGAUGACAAUGAUGACGAUGACUUGGAAGGGCAUGGAGAUGCAAGUGGCAGAUCGAAGCAAACCAGAAGUGAAAAAAAGAGUCGUAAAGCAAUGUUGAAGCUAGGAAUGAAGCCCAUGACCGGUGUCAGUCGAGUGACUGUCAAAAAGAGCAAGAAUAUCUUGUUCGUGAUCUCGAAACCCGAUGUCUUCAAGAGCCCGACAUCAGACACAUACAUAGUAUUUGGAGAGGCCAAGAUUGAGGACAUAAGCUCACAACUCCAGACUCAAGCGGCAGAGCAGUUCAAGGCUCCCGAUCCGAGUCAUGUGAUUCAGAAACCCGAGACUUCAGCCAUGGCUCAGGACGAUGAGGAGGUGGAUGAAACUGGAGUUGAGCCGAAGGACAUUGAGUUGGUGAUGACACAGGCAGGAGUAUCUAGGGCUAAUGCUGUGAAGUCUCUCAAGGCUGCAGAUGGGGACAUAGUUUCUGCCAUCAUGGAGCUUACCACCUGAUGUGCUGGAGUAUUAAGUGAUAAUAGCAGGUUCUUUAAUUAUAUUACUUAUGAUCCAUGGUGUUGCAGACUGUUCCCCCGAGGCUCGAAUAUUUUUCUGAUCUUGCUGUUCACUGUUAUUGUGGUCUCCUGUUGUAUUAGUAUUGUCUGAACUAAACCUAAGCUUUAUUAAAUUGAGCAAAGGGAUAAAAUCCAUGAUGCUCAGUACAACAAACUGAAGAGUUACCAAAAACCAUGUCUUCUCAAAAUGAAUCAAGC